ACGUCAUCUCCAGGCGCCAGUUCUUUGCGUACCCUGGAAGGAAAUGUUCACAUCGUGGGUCAUAUAAACAAAUUGUCCUCAUGGAGAUACAUGUGCAGUCUAAAGUAUUUAUUUGUUUAAAAUAGGCAACGGUUUUCAUCCUGUGCUUUUCCGGUACGUCUGUAAGCUGUUUUAAACCCUCUGUAGUUCAUAACGUUAGCGUGUUAGCUAACUUUAAACUGAGCGGUUGUAAGUUAGCUAGCUACAUUUUGAAAGAAAGGUAACGUUAGCAGGUUAAAGUUAACGUCAAUAUCUGAAGUUUAAUUUGUAGAGAUGAAGGGCAAAUGGAAGCAGAACAGCAAAAAGAAGAAGGGAAAUGUUGUGUUACAGAAGUACAUGGUGGCAGUGGAUGAGUUUAUUAAAAGCAAAAGUGGCCCUGAAGAAGAGGAAAAUGACCAUGGAUUGAGAUUUGUAAAAAAGAAAAGCAGAAAGGAGCUGCGCAAAGAAAAGCGAAAAAUGAAAAAAGCCAAAAUGAAAAGUUAUUAUGAGGGUAAGAAGCCCAUCAGUUUACCUCUGGAUGGCGAAAACUCAGGAAUACCAGCUGAUGAACAGCAGCAGCAACAACGACAACAGAAGAAGAAGAAAACAAAGAAAGAAGUGUCACAAGGACAGUCCAGUAGUGCUCCUACAGAUAAAUCAGACCGCUCUAAAACACCAUCAUCUUCCAAGAAAGGCAAGAAGAUCAAUAAGCUUCAAGAGUCAAGAAAAAAGGCACUUCUGGAGGCAAAUGAAGACGAGGACAGAGAAAUAAAGAAAUUAGAGCGCUACCUAGGAUUAAACAAGAGAAAAAACAAGAAAAGUCUGCCUCAAUCCUUUGUGGCUGAUGGACUUGAUUACAUCCUAGGUGUGCUUGACUCUGGCUCAUCGGCUAUGGGAAUGUAUGAUGAUGACAUGGACAUGGCUAAGGAUAACUUUAAAAAACUUGAUGAGAAUGACUCUCAGCUGUCAGAUGAGGAGCCUGGAGAUGAGAUGGCAAGUGAGGGGAGCGAUGAAGAUAUGGACUCAUUUGACGAUGAAAAUGGAGUGGAUGAGGAGGCCGAUGAUGAUGAUGAUGAUGAUGAAGUGGUUGAUGAGGAGGAAACAGACGAGGAGGAGGAGGAAAUGGAGGCUGAGCUGGAUGAGAGUGAUGCAGCUGACUCAGAUGAUGAAAUUGAAGAAGAAAUAGUGGCAGAAGCAGACACUCCGGCAUCAGGCUCAAAGUCAGAAACUGUCAUCUCUGCAGCAGGCAAGUAUGUGCCACCUCAAUUGCGAGGCGAUGGAGAGGAUAAACGCAAAGCUGAGCUCGAAAAACUGAAGAGGAAUGUGAAAGGUCUGGUGAACAGGCUGAGUGAGCCCAACAUGGCGUCCAUCAGUGGUCAGCUGGAGGAGCUGUACAUGAGCUGCAGCAGGAAGGACAUGAAUGAUACCCUAACGGAGGUGCUACUAGCAGCCUGUGUCACCCCGUCCCUGAUGCCUGACAGACUACUGAUGGAGCACGUCCUGCUUGUCAGCGUCCUCCAUUACGCCGUUGGGAUAGAGGUGGGAGCCCACUUUCUGGAGACGGUCGUGCGAAGGUUUGACGAGGUGUACCACAACUCGUCUGAAAGCAAGGAAUGCGACAACUUGGUCGCCAUUGUCAGUCACCUCUAUAACUUCCAGGUGGUGCAUUCUGUCCUCAUCUUCGACAUCCUAAAACUUUUGGUCGGAGCUUUUACAGAGAAGGACAUUGAACUAGUUUUGUUAGUGCUGAGGAAUGUCGGUUUUGCCCUGAGGAAGGACGACGCUCUUGCUCUCAAGGAGCUUAUCUCUGAAGGCCAACGUAAGGCCAGUGUCAUGGGCUCGAAGCUUCAGGAUCAGACAAGGGUGCGUUUCAUGCUGGAAACCAUGCUGGCUUUGAAGAACAAUGAUAUGAGGAAGAUUCCAGGCUACGAUCCUGAGCCUAUGGAGAAACUGAGGAAGUUGCAGAGGACUCUGAUCCAGCGGCGUGCAGGAGGCAGUGACAUGAAACUGAGGGUCUCUCUGAACAAUCUCCUGGCAGCAGAGCAAGUGGGCCGCUGGUGGAUCAUCGGCUCCUCGUGGAGCGGAGCACCCAUGAUCGGCGAACAAGGAAACACAACCUCAAAACAGAGCACUUCUGAAGGACAGUUUAGUGCCAAAGUCUUAGAGCUGGCUAAGAAACAGAGGAUGAACACUGAGGUCAGAAGAAACAUCUUCUGUGUGAUAAUGACCAGCGAAGAUUACCUGGAUGCCUUUGAGAAACUGCUCAGGAUGGGCCUAAAGGACAAGCAGGAGAGAGAGAUUGUUCAUGUUCUGAUGGACUGCUGUCUGCAGGAGAAAACCUUCAAUGCCUAUUAUGCUGUACUGGGAGAAAAAUUCUGCUCCCAGGAUCGCCGCUUCCAGAUGACUUUCCAGUUCAGCCUAUGGGACAAGUUCAGGGAGCUGUCCAACCUUCCCAGCAGCACUUUUAACAAUCUGGUUCAGCUGGUUACCCACUUCCUUCAGAAGAAGUGCCUCUCACUCUCCAUACUCAAAGUAAUAGAGUUCGGGGAGCUAGAUAAGCCCACCGUGCGAUUCUUGCGUCAGGUGCUCACCAAACUGCUAAAAGACAUUGAGCCUGAGGACCUAGCCAGCAUAUUUGGAAGGAUUUCAGGAAUUCCCAAGCUAGGAAUGCUGCGGGAGGGCUUGAAGCUUUUCAUCAGCCACUUCCUGCUGAAGAAUGCCCAGUCACAGGGACCAGCUGAGCAAGCAGUAAUGCUGUCAGAACGCGCCCAGGUCGCCACCAAAGCCAUGGAGGCCAAAGAGGCCAAGCUCAAACUGUAAAACACAUAAACACACAACCAAACACACCAGAAAC